CAACAAGAUAGAAUGCGGGACAGGGCCAGGGGAAAAUCACCUUUAAAUCCCAGCACGUACGCCAAAUGAUUUCCACAUCGUAUCCAACUAAGUACUAGUAGAACAAUGGCAGCUGUGUCAUCCACCAGUAAAGAUGAGGAGGAGCUCCAAGAUCUGUCAGAGAGAUGUCUUCAACAAAUCAAGCUGUGGCCAAAGAUCAUGGAACUACUAACGGAGGAAAAAGUACCAGCGGCACAACUUCGUGAAUCAUUGGAGACAUUGACUCAGAUUUUACAGCAUGUCUCGGACAGUCUACCAGAACACAGCACCACCGCAUUGGACAUCAUACAGAAGAUUCUCAAUGUUCAUAUCACCCACAUUUACCGCGCACUGAAUGGAAGUAACGAGAGCUCGGUCAUUGUGUCUGCUCUCAAUCUCCUGGUUGCCAUGGUAACCUACGGCCAGCAUGCGGCGCGAGAUGUCUUGGUGACCGUCAACUUCCAACAGGGCGUAUUUAUGACACUAGUCAACAGGACUGAUUCAAAGUCUGAAGAUGAUGUACGCACUUGUUGCAUUCGUUUAGCAAUGGCAUUCUUUGUCAGUGGAGAUAAUAAGCUCAUCAAGCAGUUUCUUACUCGUAAAGAUUUCCUCAAGAGUUUCUUCAAGAAGCUAGGGCAUGACCGAGCCUCCAACAUUAAGCUGAUCUUAGUGACGCUGACGCAAUAUCUGGUGUGCAAUCCAGCGGUCACCAAGACUGAGAAACUUCACAUUCUCAACAACUACACCCUUCAACAACUUGCUGCAUUGUACACGUGGAAGGGUACUGCAGAAGCUAAGAAUGAUACUACAAUUGAUGAAGAAUUUCAAGUGUUGGAGAUACGCCAACUGUGUCAUCAGUUUCUACUGAAAGUCACCUGUGACCUCAAACAUGGCAUCAAUUUCUUGGAUAACUCUCUCGGGCUCUCGGGAAAAAACUGCAAUUCAGUAUUGCUGAAGUUUUUACUGAGUCUUCAUAACACUACAGAGGAUGAGUUGGUUCUAGAUCUGGUGGUGAAUAUUCUUCAUACGUGUCCUGAUCUUUUAAACCGCUACCUGUCUCAGUGCAAGCUCUCCUUUCAACCCAGACCUUCUGCAUCUUGGCUUGACAACAUGAAAGUCUUAGAACAGAUAUUGACUGGCCAAUCAGUAAUUCCAUCAGCCUUGCUUCACGCUAGAAACACUUCCACAGGUUACAUGGUACAGCUAGCGAUGGCUAGCACAAUCCCAACGGUCAUGACACCUGUCCUGCUGUCUCAAGCUGUCAAGCACAGUAGCUUGGUUGUCAGUUGCUGUAUACUACAGAUCAUCAGACUCAUUCUGGAUAGAGCCCAUGGGAUGAUAGACUGGUUGAGAGAGUCUCGUCAGACAGCAGUCAUAUCUCAAUAUCAGCAAGCUCUUAUCAAGGCCUUGCCAGAUCUGGAUACCUAUGUGAACUUACUUCACAAGACGCUGGAUAGACCUCUGGAUGGGAGCCAACGAGCUGUUACAAGACAAGAACCAAGCGAAGCUGAAUCAGAGAUGGAACAUACUUCUACAGCUGUAGUGACUGAAGUACCUGUUGCAAAGAAAGACGAACUAUUGACUGCCCUGUUUGAUGUCCUGUCUGCCUACCAGCUGACAAUCCCACUUUCCUUUACUCCAACGACCUAUGACUUCAGUCGUCUGCCACAUCUGAUAUACCACACUGAGUCCCCAUUGGUGACUGAAGCUAUUGAGAAACGAGCUAUUAGAUUGCUACUGGCGUUCCCUGAAGGCAAGCUACGCGGCUUUAAGGAGGUCCGAGGUGAAGAUGGCUCCACUGUGCUAUUGCUGCUCAGACAGCUAAUAUCUGCCUCAACAAAAUCAGAUCUAUGUGCUUUGAAAAUCAAACUACUCAAUAAGUUUAUCCAAGAGACCGGACUAUUUGCCCAGACGGAAUGGGAGAUUGCCAUUUGGUUAGACAUCCUAGCGACCUUCAGUGAAGAUGAAACCAAACAAAUAGUGGACGUCUUCUACAAGUCACUGACGCAGGCCAUACGGAAUCCAUACCCAUUCAAUGAUAGAGUGAUGGAGGCUAUGCACUCUGCGUGUGCAGUUCAGCAGCAUGGACAAGAAGGAAAUGUGAAUGAUACCCUUUCACCUGAUAUCUUAGCAAUGAUAACCCACACAGCAUCGCAUGACCUUGAUGACCUCGCUCAUCAACCAAUCAGCGAAGCCCAUCAAGCUGAGCCUCUCCCCUGUAGUGCUCUCUUGCCCUCCGCUCUCCAAGUCUUUGCUCAGUUGGAAGGCAACACUCAAGGUUUGUUUGGUCACUACGUAUCACUUGUUGCAUUGAGUAUUCUUGAGAGACAAGACAACCCAAUGUCUGUAUGUCUGCUGCUACAUCAUUGCACACAAACUGAAGGCAGUGGUUUGCAGCAUAAUCUGUACUGGCAAGAUGUCAUGAAAUACUAUGCAAUGUGGCUGCCGGCUAUCUACAAGAAAAGUGCUUUGUAUCAGAAGACUGAAGGAGCAUCAGCAGAUCAGACAUCUCUAAAGCCCAGAAAUGAACGGAGUUCAGCGUUACGAUCAUCAAUCAUGCAAGGUGGUGUACUGAAGGCCAGUGACAUGGAACGACUGUUGCGUUGUGAUCAGAGGGAAUUAUUGCCAAUGAUUAGACAGUUACUGAUGUACAUCUACACUCUGCACAUCAUCAAACCAAAGAAUAUGCUGGCUGUUUUGAAAAGCUAUCUUUUGAUGAUUGAGAGCGCUCUUGACCACGUCCACGCUAAGCGUGAUAAGGAGACUGAGAACAACAUUCAUGAUCCUGAGAAAGUAAUAAAUGAUGGAAUGUCAUCAGUAGUUGACCCCUCAAGAUGUGAGACGUCAGAUGAAUGGUGGACCAGCAUGGCUGAGCUAGUAUUACAACAUGCAGCUUUCACGAUGUUAUUCAAACACUCUGCAAGAAACGUCCAGAAAGAACCAGUAACAUCAGGCCUCAAAGGCAAACCACAAACACUUAGUGCUAUUACAUCAUGCUUUCUGAAAUGUCUAAGUGUGUUCAAGCAGCAUCUAUCAAAUGACACACUCAAACUGAUACUUCGACUAAUCAUCAAGGAGUCCUGUCAAAACUACUUGAACUUGGCCAAACUGGAGAUGAAUUCAAACAAAGACAGGACAAAAGGACAUAGCCACGAGUCCAGGAGUGUCAUAGAGUUAUUUCAGGAGAUGUGCGUUUACUGUCGAGAUGAGGAACUUGUAGAUGCUAUCAGGAUUCUACUCCAGAGUUUGAAGAGCCAGAAGAUUUCUGCCGUCACUUCAGGGACUAAACAGCAUCUCAGAUCAACGCUUUGCCAUUUGCUGGAAGUACAUGCAGAAAAACAAAAGGCCAUGAAACUUAAACAGUCAGUGGACAAAGCAGUAACCAGCAAACCGGUGAUGCUAAGUACAGACGAUAUCUCCACAUUAGUGGAGUUAGCACACCAGUUCAGCUGUGAUCAGAUGGCAUCUGUGCUGUCACAGUUUGUGGGAGAUAAUCCGGAAUUGGUAGCAGUGUUCACCAAGGAAGUAUACAUGGACUGGCUGAACCAACCCACUAAGGCUACAAGUCAGCUCGUAUGCCAACUGAUGAAACACCACAGUGCAGUACACAUACAGUGGUUUGAGGAGUGGUGUUUAGAGAGCUCUAAACAAGAACUGAAUGACAAGGAGGACGUCUUACUUCCUGUGAUACUGGCUUACUGUAAGCACAGCUCUGCGAGUAAGCAGAUAUUGAGCAUACUGCAUGCUACAUACUGGAUUUGGUUGAAGGAGUGGAUUGCUGGUCUUCAAGCAAACGAAGAUGUUCAUGAAGAAGAUGACUCCAAGAUGGAACUACUGAGUCAAAUCCUAAUGGAUACACAGAGAGAAACGUUGAUCUUGUUUCUUCAGUCUCUUAUCAGAAGAGGACAAGGAGGAAAGCAUCUUGGCGUGUUUCACAGGUUACAGCUGAAAGCCUGUCAACUUGCAGUAGAAAGGCUUGCCAACCGUCAUGAAGUAAACAAGUCAGACCAGAAGACUGGUGAUGUUCUUGUGGAGGUGGUUGUGGCAUGUUUACAGAACGUCGUCACUUUGAUCAAGAAGAAUCCUGACAACACAGCAACAGCUAUCAGUGAUCAGCUGAUGUCAACAACAGCAGUUGUCAAGGCUGUGGGAACAAGACAUCUGUCAGUGUCUCCAUCACUUACUCAAGCCUGGAAGAGUCUGGUCAGAAACGGACUCAAGCACUGCUACCAGUCACCAGCCAUGCUGGAACUCAUAGCUAGUCUGGUCAAACUGAUCUACAGCAGUAACAAGGAUUCAAACUUGGAGAAAGAGAUAUUAAAGAACCUACUUCCGUUGUCAGUUCUCUAUCAGAUUGUGCUGAGUCAUUCGCUGUUUCUGCCAACAGUCCUAGAAGAACAGGAUGAAAACAGAUCAGCAAAAGAAUCAUUGGUGUUACUGAUGCUUGCCAUGGUUGAGUUGGAGCCAAGAUGUUGCCAUGAAGCGCAUUAUGCCGUUCUCAUCGGAGCAUACAAUAUCACCAGGAGUAACACAGACACAGCCUUGCUGAUGCUUAUGCAGCAUUAUCAGAGGAAUCAGGCUGUGCCAUCGGAUUACAAGCCCACUGCAUGGGGUCGUGUUGCAGUCUCACAACACCAAACCCUGAAGGCAUUGGGAAAGUCACUAUGGCAACAGCCAACCAUGAAGGAAAUACUUCAGCAGUUAGACACAGAGGUGCUGAGAGACUCGGCACUUCACUUCCCUCUCCAUCGCAAGUUACAGGGAGAGUCUCCGUGUGACCCCUCAGCAGCUGAUUCGUCUCAUCUGUAUGAUCCCGGCUUCUUGUAUCCUCUUUACAGUAACCUCCUUGCACCAGAGUGUGUCGUUGACUGCUGCCGGUUCAUAGACUCCAAUGCUUUUUACAUGGUCGUUGCUGGCCUGAGCAGCUAUGACAGAGACAUGAGACGGGCAGCCUACCACGUCAUGGCAUCAUUCCUCAGUCACUUGGAACAUGCAAGAUUCAGGGGACGAAGGGAGGUUUAUUACUUACUUCAUUGCUUCAGGAAUUCCAUCACUGAACCCAGCAUGAGAGUUCCCAGCAUUGUAGGUGCGUUCGUUGCCAGAUCAGCUCAUCUCAUGCUAACACCAGAACACUUCAUGUAUCCAACUGUGCUGCAGUAUCUGUUAAUCAAACCACACCUACAGAUGAAUGCUGUUCCACUCUUUGGUAGACUCUUCUAUAGUUCCAGCUUCAAGCAUGAGGAUGAGCGUUACUGGAUACUGACUUUACUGCUGGAUGGACUGAGGGACUCCAAUGAUGUCACACUCUACAACAGAAGCUCUGUAUUCACAACACUCAUGGCUUGCUAUCAGUCAAGAUUGGCUAGUAAGCAGUUCAAGGAGGCAGUUGUGAGGUUGUUGGACAGAGCAUUUGAUGUACCGGAGACAAGGGACUCUCUCUCCAAGCAGUUGUUGCCAAGUCUUCAAGCUGUGAUGCCAUCUCAAGAUUCACGGUCUCAGCCAGACCAGUCAGAAAGGAAGUCAACAUUGGCAGAUCUCAUGCACAAACUCCACUCACUAUACAGAGUGAAGAGUCACAAUUCGAGUCAGAUAACAACUUCCAUCUGCAGUAUCUUCAGUACAUUAGACGUCUGCAUAAAUGAAUGAUAUUUGCAUAAUCUAAGUCCCAAUCAUUGGUCUUCCUUGUCAAUUCUGUACAAACGAAACUUGCAAUAUCAUUUCAUGUAGUGGAUUCUAGUAAAGGGGCAUUUGUAACAGAAAACGUUUGGACUUGAUUUCGUUUUUAGUCUUAUUGCUACCCAGGUUUGGCAUUCAUUAUGUGUAUAUUUCUACACCUUAUCCACUUUGAUUUCAUUUGAAAACUGGGGUCAGGAAGGGGUCAACUACACCAUGUUGAGUUACAUUUCGGACCUUAUACAAUAUUAAUGAUCUUAAGGGCUUUUGUGUGUUUAAAAGACCCACAGAAAAAUUGCAGAGAGCCGUUCUAGUGCCAAAUACACCUUGACUAGUAGU